AUGGCUUCUCAGAGCCCGCACAGUCGGGUUCUUGCCGCGUCGGCGCUUCUCGCGCUGCUCCUCUUCGCGCCGCUCGUUCCCGCGCGCGCCAUGGGCGCCGCCGAUCACGGCGGGCACGACGGCGGCGAUCACGGAAUGGAAUCGCAAGGCAGAUUAACGUCGCGAGACGUGUCGAUGAGCAGCAAGCGCGCGCUGCGGAAGAAGCUGAAGAAGUUUGUGGAUCCGCUACCGAUUCCCCCUGUUGUCAAUGCGGACCGGCUUCCGAAAGACUCCAGCGGCGCCGCUGAUCUCACCAUCACCGCGUUUAGCGUGAAACGGAAAUUCCACCGCGAUCUGCCUCCAACUCGCGCGUACGCCUUUGGGCUCACGCGCAAGGGGGCCAGCGUGCCCGGGCCGACGAUCGCGGCGCGCGUGGGAUCGCCGCUGCACGUGAAGUGGCAGAACAACAUCACGGAUCAGCAACACAUCAUGCCCGUCGAUUACACGCUCAUGGCUCCUAAGCUCAAGAUGGGGGGCGUUCCUAUCACGAUCCACGUGCACGGCGCGCAGGUCUCCAGCUCACAUGACGGUCACCCGGAGGCUUGGUACACUUACUUGGGAGAGAAAGGUCCCGAGUUCGAAUCCAGCCAUCAUCAUUAUCCCAACAUGCAGCCGCCCAGCACCAUGUGGUACCACGACCACACCUUGGGAAUGACGCGGCUCAACAUUGUUGCAGGGCUUUUUGGCGCUUACAUUCUGUCAAAUCCACAGGCAGAGAAAAAGUUUAACCUGCCCGCGGGCAGGUUCGACGUGCCGCUGCUGAUCCAGGAUAGGUCGUUUCUGUGGAACGGGCACACGUUUAUGGAGGGGAAGGGCGUGACUAAAUCGCAUCCUGAGUGGGUUCCUGAGUACUUCGGGAAUUUCAUGACUGUAAAUGGAAAGGUGACUCCCUACAUGGCAGUCCAGCGCCGCAAGUACCGCUUCCGUCUCGUCAACGGCUGCAACGCUCGAUUCCUAGAACUCGCCCUCCGGGCCUCGCCCCCUGUUUCCAACGGCAGCAGCAGCAGCACUGCCAACAGCACCAGGACCAUCACCUUUCCCUUCCUCCAGAUUGCCUCAGAAGCCGGAUAUCUCAACCACCCCGUGUUUCACCGCAGAAUCACCCUUGCUCCCGGGGAACGCGCGUGUAUCAUUGUGGAUUUCACUCAGCUGCCUUCAGGGGUGACAAUUCGGCUGAAAAACCGCGCUCCUGCGCCGUAUCCCGGGGGUGAUUUACCCACGGGGGAUCUACAGUACGUCAUGCAGUUCAACGUGGAGGGUGACCCCGUUGCAGACCCCUCUACAGUGCUGGGAAUGCUGAACUCUAUCCCGCAUCUCAACCUCGAAAACAUCGCCGCGACAAGGGAAAUCACCCUUACAGAAACGGAGGACAAGGAGAGUGGCAAUCCUUUAAUGGGGAUGAUCGAAAUGAAGCACUACACAAUUUCUCCAAGGAAGAAUGAGAGGGGAAUGAAGGACACGACAAGGGCCCCUCCGGGGUAUGUGACUGCGCUGGUGGUGGAUUUCUCGCCGUGGAUGGGGAAGGAGCUGAGCUUUGAUCCCACUAAGGGUCCGGGGUACAUGAUUCACUGCCACAUCUUGGACCACGAGGACAAUGACAUGAUGCGCCCGUUCAAGAUUCUGCCUGCCAAGUAG